GUUUUCGCUGCCUGACUUCGUGUGUUCUGCGCAUGAGUCGCCCGAUCAAUGUUUGGCAGACCUCGUGCGGAGGAAGGAGAAACUGAAAUUCACGCACACGCCAUUUUGGAUGAAGACAACAGCUAAGAGCUCAAAGGAGCUAAACUUUAUCCCUCACCAUCCUUGGGUUUUGGUGUGUAAAAGAUGGAGCAAUCGUACGGGAUUGGUAUAACAAAUCGUUUCGAUCUCUUUCUUGAUGAAGGAGACGAUCCUUUGGAGGUUUUGAAGAUUCAGGAGCAAGAAAAGGAGGCGAAGAAAAAGACCAAGAUCUCUGAAAAGGAAAACAAGGGCAAACCUGAAAUCAAGGCUAAAGUAGCUCCCAGCGAAAGGAAAGGAAUCAAGGAAACCUCCAACGUGAAGACCCCAAGCAUCGGAAAACCCAAGGAAGGUUUGAAGGGAAAGGAGCCCCGCAUCGGUGGCCCCAGACCUGAUGGUCCACGACCUCCUCGUGGAGACCGUCCAGUGGGAGACAGGCCAGAACGCAAUGAUAGAACGGUGAAGUUCUCUUCUGAAUCACGCGAAGAGAGGAACAACAGACAAAACCGUGAAGACCGACCCUUCAACCAAUCUGGUGGCGACUUCUUCUCCAGGGACCGUGACUCAGCACCUCGUGGUGAUGGCGAACGCUUUGCUCCUCGUGGCCGUGGUGGCAUGGGCAGAGGAAUGGGCCGUGGUAUGCGAGGAGGCAGAGGAGGCUAUGACAACCGAGGCAAACGUGAAUUUGACCGCCAAUCUGGCAGUGACAAGACUGGUACUUUCAGGGGGGUGAAGGCUGUCGACAAACGCGAAGGAGGAGGCGCACACAACUGGGGAAGUCACCGUGACGACAUUGAGGAAUUGAACUCAUCUGCCACGGAGAAUCCUGACUGGUCUGAGGCUAAGCCAGAGGACACCAGUGUUGAAGCUGUGUCUGAGCCUAAGGAGGGAGAGGCUCUUCCUGCUGCUGCUGCCACUACUGAGGCCGGUGAGGAAGCUGUUCCAGCUGAGGAAGAACCCCAAGAAUUGACUCUUGAUGAAUGGAAGGCACUACAGAAGUCCCGCUCCAAACCCCAGUACAACUUGCGCAAGGCUGGUGAAGGUGAAGACCCAUCACAAUGGAAAAAGAUGUAUGCCCUUGACAAGAAAAAGGAAGAACUUGAAGCUGAGGAAGACGAAGAGUUGGAGGAAUAUGAUGUCUCCGCUGAGUACCCCCAGAGGGUCGGACGUCUGAAGCAUGUUCUGGAUAUCGAAGUGGUCUUCGGCGACAGCCGUCGCGGCGGACGUGGUCGCGGUAGGGGUGGUCCCCGCGGCAUGGGUCGUGGGCGGGGUGGUCCUGCUGGCGAACCUCGUGGACCUCCUCGCGAGCGUGAAUUCGAUGCUACUUCUUACAAUGAGAAUUAUCAGAGCAGAAUAGGAUUGCGGGGCAAGCCCCGCGGUCCUCCUCCCGGUGGUCCGGUUGCUGCUGGACCUGCUGGACCUGCUCCCAUGCGCCGCAACGAUUUCAACAAGCCCCAUGCUCGUCCACCCAAGGUCGACGAUGAGCACGACUUCCCCUCUCUGGGCUAAGGCUGCUCGCUUUCCGCUUAUAGGAUGAAAAACGUUCGGUCGCUACAGGCAGGGUCGCUAGUCAGCUCUUGACAAGAAUCCUAUUUUUGGACCGCCUGAGGAGUGAACUGUUAGAGUGGUCUUAAUUAUUCUCGACUCACAAUUAAUAAUGGAUCUUGCAAUUAACUCAUGCCACAAUCAUUUAACAUCAUUGAUGUGUCCAUCAUUCAUUUUAUCCAAACUCAUCUCAUAAGUGAGUUGUGGUUGUGAGACCCAUUAUCAGGCUGUCUACAUAGUAGUGUUGGACUGAAUCCGGUUACAUUUUGUAGCUAUGGUUUACUUGGUCCAUGCAGUUUUUGUGAUAUAUAUUUAAAUUAAUGCCAAACCCACUCGAUAUCACCCGAAGUACGGUUCUUGUCUCAUGAACUGCCAAAUGGUUUACAGAAAAGAUUGGUCGUCAAAUGUACCCAGUGUUAGGUAUUUGCCAUGUGCAGUCUGGAAUAGCCUCAACUUGUGUGCGUGUUCUUUUUUUUUUUUUGCUAGUUUAAAAAAUUUUAAUUGUGUGCACACUUUUGGGGUGUUAAGGAAAAGUAAUUUUGUACUGUAAAUCAUCGUCACUCACCUUCAGCCCUGUUCAGAAUUAAUGCAUUUGGUGAUACAAAAUAACUUAACACUUUAAAUGAUUUUUGUGAACAUGGCUGGUUAUUUGUACAUGCAUUUGCCAUGUAAUAGGCAUUUUUAUGCUAAGGCCUGGUCUGAGACCAGUUAUGGACGGUGGUUGUCUUCUGUGGAUGCAAGAAUAGGGUUUGGAGAAAUCCUCUAGGAUUGUUUUAUUGUUAGCUGAUUUGGCAGCUAUCUGGCUGCUGUGUGUCUGUGGUAAUCCGCUUGUUUCUGCUAUACUUUUGUAUUCAUGAGCUCUAGGUAGUAAAUUGAGUGAAGAUGUAUUGUUGCCAAUAAACUUUAGAUCGAAAGAUGGUA